UUGUCCCACUCGACUUCACAAGCCCACAUACAUACUCCAGCAACCGUUUCUCACCUGCCACUCAACCACAAACAACAACCCCACUAUGAUAACAACUCACUCCCCAAACACACACCCCAACAACCGACCGGAAUUAGCACAUCGAAAAUCAAAACCAGCAAGAUGACGGCGGGCGUCGACAUUCCCACCUUUGCCCGCACCCAGCUCUCCCUCCUCGCCGCCGAGCUCGAGGCCGAGAUCGCCGAGUCGUCCGCCCUGGUCUCGCUGCACUCUCCCGCCGCCCUGCAGCGCGCCGGCGUCGCCCUGAUCAACCUGACCGUCGCCUCCCAGCGUACGGGGCUCGGCGGCAGGACCGUGCUCGAGCUGGCGCCCCACCCGGCCACCGCGUCCUCGGCCGGCCCGGGCUCCUCCUCCUCCUCCUCCUCCGCCGCCGACCUGCCGGAGCACGGCAUCCGGGUCGGCGACAUUGUGCUCGUGGCCGAGCAGCCCUCCUCGGGGGGCGUGAGGAAGAAGGAGGCCAAGGCGGCGUCGUCGUCGUCGUCGUCAGAGAGGAGCGGGGUCAAGGGGGUCGUCACCAGGGUCGGAAAGGGCGCCGUCGGUGUCGCGGUGGACGAUGGCAGUGAGGACGGGGGUGGGAAGGAAGACCGGGUGGACGCUCUGGCCGCGGGCGAGAAGAAGGUCUGGAUCGUCAAGGUGGCGGACGAUGUUACUUUUAGGAGGAUGAAUUCGACCAUGGAGAGGCUGGCCAAGAUGGAGGAGAGGGAGUACUCGGCGUUUGUUAGGGUGCUGUUCGGGCUGAGCUCGCCAUCCCCCGUGCCUGCCGACCUGACAAAAGAUGAGGAGGUUGGCGAGAUCGAGUGGAUUGAUCCGACCCUGAACGACAGCCAAAAAGACGCCAUCCGGUUUGCGCUGGCCUCGAAGGAGAUUGGGCUCAUCCAUGGACCCCCGGGCACCGGCAAGACGCACACGCUCAUAGAGCUCAUACUUCAGCUUCUCAAGCGCAACCUCCGAAUCCUCGUCUGUGGUCCGUCCAACAUCUCGGUCGACAACAUCGUCGAGCGCCUCGCGCCGCACAAGGUCCCCAUGGUCCGCCUCGGCCACCCGGCCCGUCUUCUCCCCUCCGUACUCGACCACUCUCUCGACGUGCUCACGCGCACCUCGGAAGCCGGCGCCAUCGUCAAGGACGUGCGCGCCGAGAUGGACGCCAAGCAGGCGUCGAUUCGCAAGACGCGCAACGGCCGCGAGCGGCGCGCCAUCUAUGCCGACCUCAAGGAGCUCCGCAAGGAGUAUCGUGAGCGGGAGCGCAAGUGCGUGACCGACCUGGUGGCGGGCAGCAAGGUGGUGCUGGCGACGCUGCACGGCGCCGGCGGCUUCCAGCUGCGCGGCGAGCAGUUCGACGUGGUCAUCAUCGACGAGGCCAGCCAGGCGCUCGAGGCGCAGUGCUGGGUCCCGCUGCUGGCCGCCAAGAAGGCCAUCUGCGCGGGCGACCACUUGCAGCUCCCGCCCACCAUCAAGUCGCUGAACUCGAAGAGUAAGGCCGCCACCACCACCAGCAGCAGCAGCAGCAGGAAGGGGAAAGGUGACGCGGGCCCUGCUGCUGCUGCUGCUGCUGCUGCCGGCGCAGAGGGCGUGAUUCAAGGGCCUACGCUCGAGACGACCCUCUUCGACCGCCUGCUGAAGCUCCACGGCCCUUCCAUCAAGCGGAUGCUCACGACCCAGUACCGCAUGCACGAGAAAAUCAUGCGGUUCCCGUCCGACGAGCUCUACGAGGGAAAGCUGAUCGCGGCGGACGCCGUCAAGGCCAGACUGCUCAAGGACCUGCCCUACGAGGUUCAAGACACGGACGACACGAGGGAGCCGCUCAUCUUCAUCGACACGCAGGGCGGCGACUUCCUGGAGAAGAACGAGGACGAGCAGGACGCCGGGGGAGGCAAGAAGCUGACCAAGAGCAGCCUGUACGGUGAUAGCAAGAGCAACGAGAUGGAGGCGGCGCUGGUCAGGCAGCACGUGCGCAGCCUGGUCGACGCCGGCGUGAAGCCCGAGGACAUCGCGGUGGUGACGCCGUACAAUGCACAGCUGGCGAUACUCGCGCCGUUGAAGGAGACCUUCCCAGGUAUCGAGCUCGGCAGCGUAGACGGCUUUCAAGGCCGAGAGAAGGAGGCCGUCAUUGUCAGCCUUGUCCGGAGCAACCCGGACGGCGAGGUUGGAUUUCUGGGAGAGAAGCGGCGGCUGAAUGUGGCCAUGACGCGGCCGAAACGAUCACUGACAGUGAUUGGCGACUCGGAAACGGUUAAGAAGGGCAGCAAGUUUCUCAAAGACUGGAUGGAAUUUCUAGAAGAAAACGCCGAUCUCCGAUACCCAGACCUGACGUCGCUGACCCAAGAGGCAUGAACGGAGCGGAGCAAGUCGGCAUAACGGGGAUAAUGACACUUGGUUCAUCAAAUUAUGCACGAGAUCUAGACCGAGAACAGAAGCAUUAUAUACGGGGGCGUAUGUACGGAUUAUGCACAUACGAGUACAUACAAUGUAUCAACUGGGUCUGGAAGCUAUGGUGGAGGCGGUCAAAAUGCUCCGGUCCAGGGUUUGCUUUU